AUGUCUCGAUGCCGUACUCCUAAGCAAUCAAAGACGGAUCUCAGCUGCACAUCGAAACCCGAAGAAAAGAGCAGAUAUAGAUUGUUCGUUGACCUUUCCAACGAUGUCUUAAAGAAACUGCGAACGAUUGAUAUCGCCGAUAUUCGGCGUGCAAAUGAAGACCUCAACAUUACUUUAUACCAAAACAAUCGUGAUCCUCAGGUCUCUCGCGGCCCUAGGGUGGUAUUAGUCUCGCUCGCCGCAGCGGAGUUGGUUGCGCCGGAUCGCGGGGACAUGCAAUGGGACGAUAUUGUCGCCGAAUAUGCUUGCGAAGGACCAUCUCCGCGCAAGAACCUCGCCUGGUCGAGCAUAUGCGCUUCGAUUGAGUUCGAAGUUUGCGCAUACAUUUUGAAUCCGCCGCCUGCCACCUAUUCGGGUUUAGGGCAAGUGAUCCCCGCGAAGGUCAACUACCUCGAACCGACUACAAGCCAUUCUCUUAUCACGAUCCAUUCGAGCCGUCGACCCACUCCCACUAUUCGCACGGCAGAUGCAACUUUCAAGCAAACAAAAAUCGUAGCUAAAAGGCCGGAGACUCUAUCACUUCCUAUCAUACAGUCCGCACUGUAUGGCGUCGAGAUAUUAUCACGAAAGCCGUGCAUCAACCACGCAAUCAAUCUACUCUUCAUCGACGAUGUGAUAUGGAUAUGGUGGUACGACAGACAAGGUGCAAUCCAGACAGAAGGCAUCAACUUCGUCCAGGACCUUCCGCGCUUCUUGAUUCUGCUCUUUGCAUUUCAGCGGUUCGGGCUGGAGGGCUGGGGGUUUAACAUCUCGCUAGACACGGAGUUUGAUGCUAUCUACCCUUCUGAUGUAGCUUCCAGAGGCAUUGCUGCCGACCAAACCAGGUAUAUCAAGACCUCGAUCCUUCGAGCUUCAGGCGAGUGGGAGGACAUUGAUAUCGAUACGAUCAGGCAAGUGCAUCAGGCGUAUGGCCUGGUUGGGCGGGGCACAUCUGUAUUCUGUGGCACUGCGGCUCGGCUUCGCAAGGUUGAGUCUUCUAGAAAGCGCCACAUGGCUGGCGGUGUGACUACGGCGUUUAAACCCUCCACAGAGCUUCGAAAGGUAACAGCGAAGAUUCACUGGCAGGAAGAACCGCUUUUGAACGAAGCAGAGGGUCUCAGGGGAGCAUACACGCUGCGGUCAAACACAGAUACCCUGGGUCAUCAUCCGGAGCCGCUUUACGCGCGCGACUACACUCAGUAUUCGACAGGAAAUAUUAGGAGAAAGCUUGGUCUCGACCCACCUGAAAAGCGGCGUCCUGCUCGUUUCCUCCGGCUGGCCGUGUUCCUUCGACCGAGACCAAUCACUACGGUGGUCGGCGAGGCAUUUUUGAAGGCGUGGCUUGAUUGCGUUCGCAGCCACUAUUCUCUUUGGGAGCUAGGCAUUCAGGAUGUCACGCCCAGGCUGUCAAAUCUCAUGGUUGAUAUGGACAAGCGCGGUUUCUUGAUCGACUGGAAGCUGGCGACGAUCCUCUGA